AUGAUAAUUCAGACUCCUCAGGACUACCUGCACUCCUACCUCACACAGCUGAGCCAGGAAGGGUCAAAGGUCAGCCCCCUCCACGCCUUCGCCUACGAUGCCGUGUGGGUCGCAGCCCGAGCUCUGAGUCAGGCGAUGGAGGCCGUGAAGCACCGGGAGAAGUACGGCAGCCCGAGGAACGUGAGCACCGGCGAGGAGGCUCAGAGGACGCUGCUGAAUGCCGUGAAGCAGACGCAUUUCUUUCGAAACGGGGAGAGGAUGACGUCCAUCGAGCUGGUGCAGGUUCAAGGCAGCGGUGACGUGUUGGUGGGAGACUUCAGUACCUCCACCCAGCAGCUGCGACUGAUGAACCACCUGCUGAAGUUUAAAGGUGCAGCAGCAGCCAGAGACCAGACGCUGGUGCUGAGCCAGCGUCUCCACGUCGGCCUGCUGCAGUUCAGCAUUGUGUGCUCAGCUGCAGCCGUGACUAUCGUCAUCACACUGAGCAUCCUCCUAUUCAGCCUCAUCCACCGCAAACACUGUGAACCCCAGGAUGAGCUGCUGCUGCUGGGUCUGCUGCUCUCCUCCUCCUCGGUCCUGAUCUCCGGGCUGGACGGAGCCUCGCUGUCCCUCCGCACCUUUGAGACCCUCUGCUCCGUGCGUCUGUGGACUCUGUCUGUGGGACAGACUGUGGGCUUCGCUGUGCUCUUCACCAGGUCGUGGGGGGUUUAUUCUCGGUGCAGCAUCGAGCAGACGCAGCAGCAUCGUUUGCAGAGGGCCGGCUGCGUGCUGCUCUGGAUGCUCCUGCUGGAUGUGUUUGUUUUAACCACCUGGCAGAUCCUGGACCCUCUCAGACGGGCGGUGCUGCAGCACGGAGAACAGGUGACUCUCACAAAGGUAGGGACUUCCGCUGAUCAGCUGGUCGUGCGGUUGUACUCUGAGCAGUGCAGCAGCAGUUACAUGGAGCUGUGGCUCACUGCAGUCUGUGGAUACAAAGCUCCUCUACUGGGUCUGGGGUGUUUUGUGUCCUGGAGCAUCAGGUCUGUGCAGCUGGAUCCUCCUGCAGUCAGCAAUAAGCUCCUGACGCUCAGCGUGUUCUCUGUGACGCUGUUCAGUGUUGCAGGAGCUGCAGGAUCCCUGCUGACCUCCCACAAUCCUCCUCUUCACUUCUGUCUGACCAGUGCCCUCAUCCUCUGCUGUAACAUCUUCACCCUGAGCUGCAUGUUCGGACCAAAGUUCUUGUACAUGUGUCUGAAUGGCAGCAAGCUGCAGCAGGAGUUGGAGAUGCAGCAGGAGUCGGAGCUGCCGCAGGAGUCGGAGCUGCAGCAGGAGUCGGAGCUGCAGCAGGAGUCGGAGCUGCAGCAGGAGUUUGAAGCUGCAGAGGGAGAAGACGAGGAGAAGAAGACGCUGAGCAGGUUAAACCAGCAGCUGAAGAGUCAAACUGCUCAGCUCGAUGUAGAAAUAGAAUCCAUCACGAUGCAACUCUCUGAAAUGUCUGAGUCACCUGAUCCUGAGCCGAAGCAUCACAUGUCCAGAGGACCAAGAAGCGGUAAAGUCCGGGCUGUGAGGUGGACUCACGCAGCUCAGGUCUGUUCUGAGGACAGAAACUCAGAGAGGAAACCUUCAAGUCUAGACAGCAUCAACUCUCCUGAGCACGUGCAGCGCCGUCUGUCCGUGCAGCUGCCGAUCCUCCAUCAUUCCUACCUGUCCGCCGUCGGAGGCGUCAGCGCCAGCAGCUCCAGUGUGUUCGGCAGCCGGGACAACUUCCUGUCCACCUGACGCCGCUCUACUCGACCAAUCAGACGGCAGCUGUGACUGACUGACCCGUAUUUAUUUUUGUAUUUAUUUUUAGAUAUGGGAUUAUAUUUGGGACUGUAAACGAACAGAAACAAGCCAGUGUUGUUUUGUUGUUUUAA